AUGCGUUUCUCUAUCCUCUCAGGCAGAGAGAGAGAGAGAGAGAGAGAGAGACUUGAAACGGGACACUAGAGAGAAUUAGCAAAGCAAGCCGCAGCGAAGGGAAACGAUUCUUCUGCUGUGACGGACAGUUCGGGAAAAAAACCAAGAAAAUGUCGGGCAAGAGUGUUUAUAAUUUGCUUCAGGAUAAUGUGAGCAAGCCUCGCUUCUGCAAGUCUUUGUCUACGGGAGAAACUUGGAGUUCUAAAUCCAUGAGGAUUAUCCCGGAAGAGUUCGUGAGAAGCGCACCCGUAGCUUUUGAACACAGAGUGGUGUUCAGUGUUCGUUGGGGAAAUUCCUGGCAGCUCUGGCUCCAGAGAGACAAGAACGGUCUGUUUAUGGAAGAAGAAGACUGGGAUGAGUUUGUGAGUGAUAACUUUUUAGGACCAAACGAUGUCUUGCUCUUCAUACACGUAGACACUAUGUUCAUUGAAGUGCAAAUCUACAAACAAGAUUCGUACCACUUGAAAGAGAUCACUUCAGCACCUCUCCAAACUGAUCCCCAAGCUGAAGUGGUUACCCCGUUGCCCCAGACUUCUCCACCAGAAACCCCUGCCCCUGCCCCUGCAUCUACAAGUGGAGCGAGACAGGCCGAUGCUCUUGUCAACAAUCCUGAGCAGUACCUCUCAAAUCCGAGUAACCCUUUCUAUGUGAAGAAGCUGGGUAAAAAGAUCGAUGUUCUGUAUGUGAGCCAUCUGGUGACUGAGAGGUAUGGCUUGCAGUUUGGUCCACACAAUUCCCCCAUGUUUUACAUUCUUCCCAACGAAAAAAUCGAGGCAAACACUAAGAUCUACGGAGGGUGUGCUUGUUUCAAUGGCUGGGCUGCUAUAUGUCGAAAGUACAAGCUGAAGCAAGGAGACGCUGUUGUUUGUGAGCUUGAGCGCUCAGGAGGCGUGGUUACGGCUGUCAGAUUGCAUUUCCCCAACGAAUAAAGAGAUUUGUGUCUUCUCCAAUCUCCUUCCUAUGAGUUUAUAGCGUAGUGGCAAGUUUCUCGUAAAAUGCUACCCUUUAUGUUGGGUUAAUAACCUACUUGUAGGGAUGUUGUCAUGGGCAAAAAAACCCGGCCCGGCCCGAACCCAAACUAAACCCGCCCAGAAAAUACCCUAAACUAUAAAACCCGAAAAAAACCCGGUACUAUUAGGGUAACCCGCGAAAAACCCUAGAACUUUAGGGUUACCCAAGGGUACCCGAAAAAACCCUUUUUUGAGUUUUGUGGUUUUUUAGUUAAAGUUUUAUAGUUUUAACUUAAAUUUAUAUGUAUUGAAUAUUUAAUUUUAAUCAUGUUUUGUAUUAAAUUUGAUUAAUUUUCAAUUAUCAAAUUUAUUUUCUGUAUAAAGUAACAAAUAAAAUUUUCAUCAUUCAUAA